UAUUGCAUUAAAAUGAUAACAAGUUGUGAGUCACAACAAUAAGUUCAAACUGACAGAUGAUAUUAAUUCGUCUUGAUCUUCCUGCUAGGUCAGCUGAACUUACUCCCAUCCAAACUGAAAAAAAUAAAAAAUUUGAAGUUCAUAAAUAAGUGAGCCCCUCUGGCUACCAGAGCAUAUGCAACUUUCAAACCUCUGUAAUCUAGUUAGUGAGACCAAAGGCAAUGGAGGUGAAGGUGAAGCAGUUGCAAUUGCACCGCGUGUUAAUGGCUGCACUAGCAUUAGCCUUGGUAGUAGCAGUUGCAGCUGGUGAAGCAAUUUCUUCAGUAGCAACAGCAGCCACAACCCAAGUACAGACUCUGCCUGGCUGCAUCUCCAGUUGUGGAGAUGUCACAAAUAUUCCUUAUCCUUUUGGCAUAGGCAACUCAUCAUCAAAACCAGAUCAACCUUGUUACUUGGAGCCUAAAUUCAGUCUCGAUUGCAAUGAUUCUAAACUAUAUUUUAGGAACUUACCAGUUCUAGACAUCGCCAUCGAGGGUCAAAUGGACGUAAUGUUUAAUGUCACGUGGGUAUGCUAUAACACAGAUGGAAGCCGUUAUGGGAGCAACGAAAGCAACCCUGUGCUCGACACAGCAAGUUUCAGCAUUUCAACCAACGAAAAUAAGCUCCAAGUUGUGGGCUGCAACAGUUAUGGCUUUCUCUACGGCGACGAGGAUGGUUCAAUUUCAACACGCUGCACGACAAAAUGCUUUGGCGAUAACUCAAUCAAAAACGGAACUUGUUCAUCAGGCAUAGGGUGUUGCCAGGUGGAUGUUCCUCCGGGAGUGAGGAAUAUCACUUAUUUAGGAGGAUAUGCUCUCAAUCAAAACGAAUCGUUGGGAACCUGCGUCUAUUCAUUUGCUGCGAAGCAAGGCUCAUAUAAUUUUUCUUACACUGAUUUACAAGGUUUUCAUCACACAGGCUUCCCCUUGGUUCUUGAUUGGACUGUAGGCAACAAGAGCUGCAAUGCUUCAAAGAGUAGUACUGGCUACCCGUGCAAGAACAAUAGUGACUGCUUCGACAAGGGCAUAGAUUAUGGUUACCGAUGCACAUGUAUGUCAGGUUAUGAAGGAAACCCAUACCAUCCUGAUGGCUGCACAGAUAUUGAUGAGUGUAAGAUCUCGAAUCAUACAUGCAUAGAUGAAAAUCACUGUCGCAACAUCAAUGGGUCUUACCAAUGCUUUUGUCCAAAAUGGCAAUCUGGAGAUGGAACUAAGAACGGAGGUUGCAGCAAACUUACCGAAGUUUUAAUUGGAGCAGGAGCAGGGAUUAUUAUUCUAUUUGUGGGGAUUGCCUCUCUGUACUUAACAUACCAGAAAAGGAAACUAAUGAAGCUAAAAGAGAAAUUCUUCCGUGAGAAUGGGGGUUUCAUUUUGCUACAAAAACUCAGUACAAGAGAAGAUUCCUCCCAAAUUGCUAAAAUUUUCACAGAAGAUGAACUCAAGAAGGCCACCGACAACUAUGACGAGAGCUUAAUCAUUGGUAGAGGAGGUUAUGGCAUAGUUUUCAAAGGAGUUCUACUAGAUAAACGGAUUGUUGCGAUCAAAAAGUCCAGAAUUGCAGAUAAGAGUCAAAUCGAGCAAUUCAUUAACGAGGUGGUUGUUCUGUCCCAAAUCAAUCAUAGGAAUGUGGUCAAACUCUUGGGAUGUUGUUUAGAGACUGAAGUUCCUUUACUAGUUUAUGAAUUUGUUAGCAAUGGUACCCUUUAUGAUUUUAUUCAUAGUGAUGGCAAGGUGGAUAAUGUAACAUGGAAAACUCGUCUGAGGAUAGCGGCUGAGGCAGCUGGAGCAUUAUCAUAUCUUCAUUCAGCAGCCUCAGUACCAAUUAUCCACAGAGAUGUAAAGGGUGCCAACAUUCUCUUGGAUGACACUUACACUGCCAAAGUGUCUGAUUUUGGAGCUUCAAAAUUGGUUCCACUUGACCAAGCUGGUAUAGCCACAAUGGUGCAGGGCACUCUUGGAUACUUAGACCCAGAGUAUAUGCAAUCACAACAUUUGACUGAGAAAAGUGAUGUAUAUAGCUUUGGGGUAGUGCUUGUAGAGCUUCUAACAGGGGAGAAACCUAUUUCCUUUGACAGGCCAGAAGAGAAAAGAAGCCUAGCUAUGCACUUUCUGUACUGCUUGAAAGAGGACUGCAUGUUUGAUGUUGUUCAAGCUGGAAUGAUGAAUGAAGAAAAUAAGCAAGAGAUAAAGGAGGUUUCUAUUCUUGCAGCAAAGUGUUUGAGGCUUAAAGGCGAGGAAAGACCAAGCAUGAAGGAAGUGGCUAUGGAGUUGGAGGGAUUAAGGCUAAUGGAGAAGCCCCCCUGGACAAAUAGAGAACAACAUUUGGAGGAAACUCGAUACUUGCUUCACAAGGAAGCCUCAAACAUUUAUAGCAGCAGCCUUCAGAAUACUUGGUAUGAUCCCAGUAGAGAUCAUGUACCGCUGGUUGCUUUGAAUGGUGGAAGAUGAUUAUGGCAUGGCAUUGUACUUGACAUUGCCUUUGAUAUCAAGAUCUGUUACGACAUAUUGUAAUCUUUAUAUGCAUUCCUUUGUUUUUCGUUCAAUAUGUGUGUGAAACAUCUUAUCUUGUAUUUGCUAAGUACUUAAUAAUAAUCCAGCAGUUCAAUUUUUUCUUAA